AUGAAUUUAACUACAAAGGGUGCUUGCGGGUCGGGUGGCGUUUGUGAUGGCAAAAUUUUUGCAAAUGCACGGUCACUGACAUUAGCACCCACAAUGGACCAGCAAUUCUGUUUGCGCUGGAACAACCACCCAACCAACCUGACUGAUGUACUAGCAAGCCUGCUCCAGCGUGAGGCACUCUGCGAUGUAACACUUGCCUGUGAUGGGGAAACAGUCAAGGCACAUAAGACUAUUCUCUCAGCAUGUUCUCCAUAUUUUGAAAGCAUAUUUUUACAAAAUUCCCAUCCACAUCCCAUAAUAUUUCUUAAAGAUGUGGGGUUCUCGGAGAUAAAGUCACUCUUGGAUUUUAUGUACAAGGGUGAAGUAAAUGUUGGCCAAAAUAUGCUACCUAUGUUCCUAAAGACUGCUGAAAGUUUACAAGUAAGGGGUUUAACUGAAAACAAUACAUUAAAUGCCAAGACGGAGGAGCGUUCAACGCCGUCGAUGAGCGCGGAGAACUUAUCUCGUACAGAGUUUGCGACGCCGCCAUCGGCGCACGGCACGACGCACGGCACGAGCGGUGCGACGCACGGCUCGACGCACGGCUCGACGCACGGCUCGACACACGGCGCGACGCACGGGAGAAGCACUCCCUUGCAAGCACCUCCCGCGCUCGUCCCGCCGGAAAAGCGACGCAGGAAGAACUCAACGGUACCGCGCGAUGACGUCGAUCUCACAUACCGGCACUAUGAGGCGCACGCAAAGGGUGGUAAGGGCGGGUCGACGGGGUCCGGGUCGGAGCCGUCGACGCCUCCGCCAGCUCAUACUCCGCAGCGUCUGACGCCGCGCUCGCCGCUGGCGCUGCCCCCCCACGCCCCGCACGCGCCGCACGUCAAGCAGGAGCCCGACUCGCCGUACGCCGCGCCGCACGCGACCCCGCUGCAUCCGCCGCCCCAGUAUGACCAGACGCAUCUACCAGGCAUGGGAGUAAACGAGAUGGCAUCCAUGUUGACUCAACAUCCACUUAGCAACGAGUGUAACGAGAAUGAAACCAUGUUACAACCACAUCCAGAUCAAACUGACACCAUUGAUGGCUCGAAGGGCUGGCACAUGCGGCUGACGUUCGAGAGGGUGGCGGGCGCGCUCAACCUCCACCGGUGCAAGCUGUGCGGGAAAGUGGUCACACAUAUACGCAACCACUAUCACGUCCAUUUCCCGGGACGGUUCGAGUGUCCGCUCUGCCGCGCUACGUAUACGCGUUCGGACAACCUCCGUACGCACUGCAAGUUCAAACACCCCGCGUACAACCCGGACACGCGCAAGUUCGAGCCGACGCAGCCCGCCGCGCCGGCGACACACGGCUCACACGGCACGCACACGACGCACUCGACACACGGCACGCACGCUACACACGCCAGCCACGGCAACCACGCCGCGCCGCUCUUCGCCAACCACCUCGACGCGGGCUUCGAUUGA